AUUAGUGUGUGCUUCAGUUGACCAUUGACAAAGUGGAAUCUGUGGCCAAUACACGUUAUCUCAGUGUCGAAGAUUUUACACAGAUUUUUAUUUUAUUAAAGUAUUAUCGAUCUAUGAAAAGUGUAGUGUUUAACAAUGGAUAAGAUAUAUUUCACAGUUAAUGGAGAACAUUAUUCAUUAUCUGGUUCAGAUGUGAGUCCGAGAACAUCCCUAAAUGAUUACCUUCGGAAUUACUUGAACCUGUACGGGACCAAGGUGAUGUGUCGGGAGGGUGGCUGUGGAGCUUGCAUUGUUGCCGUGUCUCAGACCCACCCAGAUACAAAAGAAACGCAUGUUUUCUCAGUUAAUUCUUGCCUGGUCCAUAUAUUAUCCUGUCAUAACUGGGAUAUAACUACCAUCGAGGGCAUUGGCAAUAAGAAGAAUGGCUACCAUGCCAUACAGACGCGACUUGCUGCCUUUAAUGGGACCCAAUGUGGAUAUUGCACACCCGGGUGGAUUAUGAAUAUGUAUAGCAUAGACAAAAGAUCUAACGAGAAGCUGAGCAUGAGGCAAAUCGAGGACUCUUUCGGCAGUAACAUGUGUCGAUGCACUGGCUAUCGAUCGAUACUGGAUGCUUUUAAAAGUUUUGCCAGUGAUUUAGAGCCAGAGUUAAAAAAUAAAGUACAGGAUCUGGAAGAUUUACACAAAUUGGGUUGUAGAAAUACCUGCGAACGCAGAUGUAGCGCCCUCGACGAGGAGUGGUGCAUAAUAAACAAGAAGUCAGACACAUUGUUGGCCGUGGGCGGUGAUGGUAGCCGCUGGUAUAAAGCGUUUACAAUCAAAGAUGUAUUCAAGAUACUUUCAAAAGAAGGCGUGGAUAGCUAUCGAUUCGUUGCUGGAAACACUGGUCAAGGCGUGUAUCCAAUUACAACAGAGCCUCGCGUCCUAAUAGACAUAUCUUCAAUAGCAGCUAUAAAGGGUACCUGGACUGAUGGCAACUUGGUGAUAGGAGCUGGUAUGACUCUCACAGAAGUUAUGAACGAAUUCCAAAAAUGGGCUAACGAAAACGAAGAUUUCGCUUACUUAAACGAGUUUUACAAACAUCUGAGCCUCGUUGCUCAUAUACCUGUGAGAAAUAUAGGGACUAUCGCCGGCAAUCUAUCUUUGAAGAAUAAACACAAUAACUUUCCCUCGGACUUGUUUCUUAUUUUUGCAACUGUUGAAGCUGCUAUCACUAUAGUGAAUGACAAGCUGGAUAAACAAUGUAUUGACUUCCAAGAGUUUCUAAAAACGGAUCUCACAAAUAAAUUAAUUACCGAAGUGAAGUUACCACCGCUCCCGACUACGUGUCUAAUUAAAACGUAUAAGAUAAUGGCCCGAGCGCAAAACGUCCAUGCGAUAGUCAACGCCGGGUUUCUCUUCAAACUGGAUACAUCUAAUAAAAUUGUCUCCACGAACAUUGUUUACGGAUCUAUGAGUCCCACCUUCGUGAACGCUGUCCAAACGGAGAGAGCUCUGAAAGAUUCACAGCUGUACAACGAAGAAACACUGCAGAAAGCUUUGAGUGUGUUGAAUACAGAGUUGUCACCAGAUGUAGACCCGCCAGAGGCUUCACCGCAGUGCCGAAAGACUAUAGCUUUAGCUUUGUUUUAUAAGGCCUUGCUGUCUCUAUGUCCAAACGUGAACCCUCGCUACAAAUCCGGCGGCACGGAACUAGAACGUGAAUUGUCAAAAGGCACACAAACUUUUGACACUGACAAGUCAAUUUGGCCAUUGAAUAAGCCAGUACCCAAACUGGAAGCCUUAUCACAGUGUUCAGGUGAAGCCAGAUACUCGUGUGAUGUGAAUCCCGGGCCUCGUACUGUCCACGUGGCGUUUGUACUAUCCGACGUAUCUGUUGCUGAGAUCGACCGGUUUGACCCCAGUGAGGCUUUGAAAGUCUCUGGCGUUAUUGCGUUUUUAACAGCAAAAGAUAUACCAGGCAAGAACACUUUCACACCAACAAAUGUACCGUGGCAAGAGGUCGAUGAAGAAAUCUUAGCGAGCAACAAGGUCUUAUAUUACGGACAACCUGUUGGGCUAAUAGUUGCAAUUUCCCAUAACUUAGCCGUAUCUGCUGCGAAAUUAGUGAAAGUCUACUACAAGAACAAUAAAGCUAAGCCUGUUCUGACGAUACAAGAUGCUUUGACAGCCCCCGAUAAAGAUAAAAGGAUCCGCAAAGAGGUAACAACGAAGGCUACAGACCGUGGGCAGGACAUAAAGCAAGUAAUCAAAGGGGCUUUAUCUAUACCUUCGCAAUAUCACUACACGAUGGAGACUCAGUCGUGUACAGUGAUACCAACAGAGAAUGGAGUAGAAGUGCGAUCUGCCACGCAAUGGAUGGACUUAAUUCACGUAGCAGUGGCAAAUAUGUUGUCGGUGCAGCAAAAUAAAGUGGAAGUGAUAGUGAACCGCGUGGGUGGCGCGUAUGGCGGCAAAGCUUCGCGGUCAAGUUUGAUAGCCUGUGCUGCAGCACUAGCAGCAACUGCAUGUGGUCGCGCUGCUUCGCUCGUCUUACCGAUAGAUACCAAUAUGGCCGCUAUAGGGAAGAGACAAGAGUGCCUAGUGGAAUACGAGUUAGGGGUAAAUAACAGUGGUGUCAUCCAAUACUUGAACGUAAGCUACUAUAGUGAUUGCGGGUGGUCAUACAACGACACGGCUGGCAGCGCGAUCGCGAGCGUGCUCGCCAACUUGUACGACAGCUCGCGAUGGACGAUUACCGGCUACAGCGUACUCACUGACAAAGCGAGCAACACAUGGUGCAGAGCGCCCGGAACUACAGAAGCUAUUGCAAUUCAUGAGCAUCUGAUGGAACGUAUCGCGUACGCUACUAAACUAGACCCUGUAGAUGUGAGGAUAGCCAACAUAGCUGAAAAACACAGUGGCAUAAAAGAUAUGAUCGCAACACUCAAAUAUAGUUCUAAUUAUGACACACGGAAAACAGAAAUUGCAACGUACAACAGUGAGAAUGCCUGGAAGAAAAAGGGUUUGAAAUUAUCAAUAAUGUCAUUUCCAAUCGAGUAUUCCUGGAACUUCCCAGUAACAGUCUCUGUGUACCAUGGUGAUGGGACUGUAGCAAUAUCCCAAGGGGGUAUAGAGAUGGGACAGGGAAUAAACACCAAAAUUGCACAAGUUUGCGCUUACACGUUGAAAAUACCACUGGAAAAAGUAUCAGUUAUUGGAAGUAACAGUUUUGUCUCGCCUAAUGCCAUGUGCAGUAAUGGAAGUAUAACCAGUGAUUGCGUUGCAUACGCUACCCUGAGGGCUUGUAAGGAACUUUUGAACAGAUUCGAAGAUAUUAAAGAGAACACUAAUGAACCUUGGGAGGAGACCGUGAAAAAGGCUUUUGAGAAAGGUAUAAACUUACAAGCGAGCUACAUGACCUCACCGCUAGACUCGCUGCAAUGCUACGAUGUUUAUGGCGUGUGUGCAAUUGAAGUGGAACUGGACGUGCUCACCGGCACCCAUGUCGUGAAACGGGUCGACUUGUUAGAGGAUGCUGGUAUUAGUCUCAGCCCAGAUAUCGAUGUGGGACAGAUCGAGGGCGCAUUUAUAAUGGGUCUCGGUCUGUGGACCACUGAGCAAUUGGUAUAUGAUCAGAAAACCGGUAGACUUCUAACAGACCGUACGUGGACUUACCAUCCUCCAGGAGCAAAGGACAUUCCUGUUGAUUUUAGGAUCACGUUACAGCCAAACGCGCCGAAUCCCGCUGGAGUACUUAGAUCUAAAGCGACUGGCGAACCUGCCUUAACUUUAGCGGUAGGAGUAACAUUUGCGUUACACGACGCCAUUUUGGAUGCGAGAAAAGAAUUCGGAUAUAAGGACACUGAAUGGCUUUCAGUCGAUGUACCCUACAGCGUGGAGAAUAUAUUAAAAGCAAUUUCACCUAAUUAUGAAUACUACAAAUUGUACUAAAUUAAUUUUAGGCGAAACUGUAUAUAUAUAGAUAACAACUAAAAUAAAUAAAUUUAAAACGAUUUAGA